AUGUCAUCGAUUAGCGAGUCAAAGUUAGAGGUUGAGUACAUCGCAGAUAUAUCACCAUACUCUGGCUCAGGUCUGGAUCUUUUGGGAGUUGGUGGCUCAGGACUGGAUCUUUUGCGAGGUGUUGGCUCCCAAAAGUCUUUUUCAGAAAACCCACCAACUGAUUGGACAGGUGACGAGGGAAUGGGUGGUGGAGCCAUACUAGUAGAUAUACUAGCUGGUGCUUGGACGGCUGGUAUGGCGGCGGCGGCUGCAGGUGGUCGGGCAACACUAGCUCUUGGUGGACGCGCUUCAACAACCUCGACCGGUUGUGGUGGUUCGAUUUCACUGCUAGAAUCAAGAGAAAUCGAAGAAGGCACAGGUGAAGUAGGAGUACUGCCUCCUGUACUGGGACUGGCAUGUAACUUGUCUCGUGUCGAUGAGUUUGAAGAAGUUAUAAAGACCUCAAGAAGAAGUGGUCCUUAUUAUGAAUUUAAAGGAAUUGGUGCGUUGGACUCUACCUUUAUCGAAAUCCAAAAGCCAAUGCACUCCCAAAAGAGGACCGAAUAUUAUUCAAGUCAUAGUUGGCAACUAUUAGUUGUAUAA